AUGCCAAAGAAAGUAUCAUUUAACACAAAAAGUGUUAAAAAAGUUCAAGCAACAGUGGAUCCAAAAGGAUCCAAUGGUAAAAUUUCGCGCCGUCGGCGGGGUUCUCGUGGUAGCCAGCCACAACAGCAGCUACCCGAGAACGAAAUCUUAUUCAAAGUUCAGGAGAUGCAGGAGCGGUUGAACUUUGAAAUUCGUCAACAGGUUGCUCUAUCAGAACGUAUGGAUACUAUAGUACGGCUAUAUGUUAAUGAAGAACGAGCGUUACAAAAAGUACGCCGACAAGUAGAUGGACUAAUAGAUAUGUCAAAAAAAGUUGAUAUAUCAUUGGACUUUGUUGUACAAGGUAUAACAAAGGCACAACGACAUAUACAGAACCAGUGCCAUCAAGAUCAUAACGUAGACGAUGAUGAUGAUGAUAAUGAUGACAUAAACAAUCAUCAUCAUUCAUCAGAAUAG